GCUAACUCUUGCUAACUCGGACCAGCGAACCGCUCAGCUGCCGUCGCCAUGGAGAUUGAUUAAAAGACAGGUGUGGUGGCGUCGGCUAAUCAGGAGGCGUUUGAAGAGGUGGAAGUACAGCGGCCCCACGUGGCCUUCUUCAAAUGUGGGAAAAAAAAUAAAAUAAAUAAAGCUCAGCACGAGGUCAACAUUGACGGGACGAGCCGUAAAUGAAUCACUUCGAGGGUCUCGAUGUUGUUAAACCUGCGCCGCCUGCUUGUCUUUGAGCAGCCAGCACUGCGGGCGAUGGCAACACACACGACGACUGCUGCUGCUGCUGCCUGGAAAACGACGGUUAUAGUCAGCACAUCGCUUCAGAACCAUGACGCAAACCGGGUGCUCAUGACGCAACAGCACCGAGUCCGAUUUUCCGACACGGUCGACCCCGGGAACUUCAUCUUCCCUCUGUCAGGUACUGCUUUUCUCUUGAUUGACCUUCAUGACAUGCCGGAGCGUUUUGAGGAAUCGGGACUCAUUGAGAGGAUCACAAAGUUUAUGCAAGUGCAUCGGAACAGCUUUCUUCUUCUACAUGCCCCCUUCAAUGGGAAAAGGGAACUGGAAAUCUUGUCAUGGAUUCAGUGCAGAUUCUUUGGCGGCAAUCUCAGGAUUCUGCCCGUGCGGAACAAUGCUGAGGUCGUCAAAGGGAUGUUGACGAUUGCCAAGGCCACCAGUAAGCCCCAUGUGGACAACAUCCGCGACCGGAUGUCUCUGGCUCAGGCUCACAUCGUUGAAAGCAGUCCUGUGUGGGAGAUGCUAAGAGACAUACUGUAAAGUUCAGCAGAUAACACAAAUGGCCAGAGUGAGUAAAAGCAGUGAUCACUUUCCAACUCAGGAGGGCGCCGUAUAUCUGGAAAGGCCACAUCCGGGACUGUAGAAUGGAUUUGUUAUUUAACAUGCAUGGGGACACAUGUAAACAAGUAAAAAUCCUACGUUCGCAAUUAUAUAUAAAUUUUCUAAGUAUUAUCAGGCAAAUGUGUUCAAGGCCCGUGAAAACUAUUAGUUUAUGGUUAUUCUGACCCCUCCCAGAGAGCAAGGUGUGUGUGUGUGUGUGUGUGUGUGUGUGUGUGUGUGUGUGUGUGUGUGUGUGUGUGUGUGUGUGUGUGUGUGUGUGUGUGUGUGUGUGUGUGUGUGUGUGUGUGUGUGUGUGUGUGUGUGUGUGUGUGUGUGUGUGUGUGUGUGUGUGUGUGUACUCUGAUUCAUAUUUCCCAAAAUCCUGAUUGGUGCAAGUUUGUAUUAUCUGAAGUGACCCCUCCCAGAGAGCAAGGUGUGUGUGUUUGUUUUUGUGUAUGUAUAUAUAUAUAUAUGUAUAUAUAACUUUCAUUAAAAUGUAGAGGAUACAAAGUAGAAUAAUUGCUUCAGAAAUGUUGUGUAGUAGUCUAAAACGUGUAGAAGUUGCACUUACUGCACAUAAAAAAAAUCUGAUUGCUUGCUGUGAAAUGUCCACGUUAAUUUGACAUUGAU